UUUCAGUAAAUUUGAAUAUUUUUUUAUUUGAAUAUCAAAAUAAAGUUUUGGUUUUAAUACGUUUGCAGAAAUGAUCAAAGGACUGUUUUCACAUUGUCAUGGUGGAUUAUUAAACAUAGAAUAAUUACAUUUUGUGAAGCAGCUGUAGUUGUUGAUUGAUUUUCCAUCAAUCGAUUGAUAACAUCUGGAUUUGUUGCACAUUUGCAGGUUUAGUAUAAUAUUGAACAAAUAUAUUAAACAUUACACAAAUAUUUCAUAUUUAAAUUGAUAAUUCAAUCGUUAGUUAUUGUUUGCUGUUUAGAGAACGUGUGUUAGAGUGAACGGUUCCCCCCCCCCCCCCCCCGAAGGAUAAGUGAUAGAGUCAUAUAUGGAUGAUUGUUCAGGUUAAACACAUAAAAAGAAAGGAGGUUGGAAUGAGUUGUCGAGGUGGAGAACCAUUAAAGACUUAUCAUGUUAUCAAAAUUAUAUAUUUGUAUAGUUACCCAUGAUCCCUACCACCCACUUUAUGUCACUGAAACCAUUUGGAAUUCAAUGCGUCCUCUCUCACUGGAUAUUUACACCACAGCACAAGUGAGACUCUGAUAAACAACUGAGUGUAAAUCUUUACAAUAAAUGGAGCCUGGGUCAAACAUGACUCUCACAUAAACAAUCACGCAAACCCAAUAAUAUCCAUCUCCAACACACACCUACACGUGUACAGGUCCUGAAGGUCUCUUCAAACUGAUACAAUCUGGUAAAUCAAAUGACACCUGCUUGAUGUAGGAGACAAAAAGUCAUGACUGUUGUUAGAUAUUAUCUGCACAUGCAUUUAAAAAGGGUUCCAGCAUUAUAGACAACGUGAUAAUGGGCCGUUUGGGAGUUUUCCACAUUUUAACAAAUGUUUCUGUAAAAAAUAUUUCAUGAGUUAAGUUACAAACAGCAGUUUUAAUUUUAGAACACACACACACACACAAACACACACACACGCGGUCACACCCAGAGUCAUGUGAUUUCCAGUACCUGCAGAGAGGGGGAGGAGCCUCCAGUGAAAGUGUUCAGACUGGUUCUAACUUCAAGGAGCAGACGGAGGAGACGUGAAGUCUGAGGCUGAUAAACAUUGAAACUGGUGUGAAAGAUCAUUUCACUGUGUUCUGCUGUAAACUGAGCGCAGAACCAGAAGGAAAUAGACCAGACCUUGAAUAUCUAGAAGAGCAGCGUGGCCUGAACCACAACUGAGCCGCAGCCGGUGCAACAUGGACGAGGACACUUCAGAGCAAGUUGGACCCUCACACACAAAAGGUCAGGACCACAGACUGAGAGCAGAGUCUCCAGGGUCCAGCUGUCUGUCUCUGAAGAGUGACUGGUCCAGAAGAGAACCUCCAUUCUUCAGUAAAGAACCUGGACCCUCACCCACAGAGGAGAGGAAGAGGAGUCAUGUUUCUGAGGAGGAGCAGUCGUCCUGCUGUGCUUCGUGUCAGGACGUCCUGAAGGAUCCAGUCUCCACCAGCUGUGGACACUGGUUCUGCAGACAGUGCAUCACCUCAUACUGGGACCAGUCUGGUUCUUCAGGAGACUCCUCCUGUCCCCAGUGUGGACAAAGAUCCAGAAGAGGAGCUGGAGGUCAGACAGCCGCAGAUCGUGGUCUGCAGGAGGUUUCAGAUGAACAUAAGCUCAGUGUGAGGAGGAGAUGUGAACAUGUGACUGAAGGAAGUGAUGAAACAGGAAGUAGAACCCUCCUCAACAGGAUCUACACUGAGCUCCACAUCACAGAGGGACAGAGUGAAGAGGUUAAUACUCAACAUGAGGUGAGGCAGCUUGAGACGGCUUCCAAGAAGAAGAUCCUCCAGGACACUCCCAUCAAGGUCCAGGACAUCUUUAAAGCCUCCACUGACCAGCAGAGCAGCAUCAGAGUCGUCCUGACCAACGGCGUCGCUGGAGUUGGAAAAACCUUCUCGGUGCAGAAGUUCACUCUGGACUGGGCAGAGGGUUUAGAGAACCAGGAUGUGGGUCUGCUGGCUGUGUUUUCGUUCAGGGAGCUGAACCUGGUGAAGGACCAGCAGCACAGUCUUCUCACGCUGCUCCAUGUUUUCCAUCCAGCGUUACAGAAGCUCACGGCAGAGACGCUCGCUGUCUGUAAACCUUUGUUCAUCUUUGACGGCCUGGAUGAAAGCAGACCUUCUCUGGACUUCAACCACAGGGAGCUUGUGUCUGAGGUCACACAGAGGUCAUCAGUCAACGUGCUGCUGACAAACCUCAUCCGGGGGAAUCUGCUUCCCUCGGCUCUCGUCUGGAUAACCUCCAGACCUGCGGCGGCCAAUCAGAUCCCUCCUGCAUGUGUUGACAGGGUCACAGAAGUACGAGGCUUCACUGAGGCCCAGAAGGAGGAGUACUUCAGGAGGAGAUUCAGUGAUGAAGAGCUGUGCAGCAGAAUCAUCUCACACAUCAAGACGUCCAGGAGCCUCCACAUCAUGUGUCAAAUCCCAGUGUUCUGCUGGAUCAGUGCUACAGUUCUGGAGCACAUGUUGACCACAGACCAGAGAGGAGAGCUGCCCAAGACCCUGACUGACCUGUACUCACACUUCCUGCUGGUUCAGACAAAGAGGAAGAACAACAAGUACGGUAAGAAGAGGACUGACAGAGAUGUUCUCCUGAAGCUGGGGAGGCUGGCACUGAAACAUCUGGAGGAAGGAAACAUCAUGUUCUACCAAGAAGACCUGGAGCGGUGUGGUCUUAAUGUCACAGAGGCCUCAGUGUACUCAGGAGUUUGUACUGAGAUCUUCAGAAGAGAGUGUGUGGUCUUCCAGAAAUCAGUCUACUGCUUUGUUCAUCUGAGCGUUCAGGAGUUUCUGGCUGCAGUCUACAUGUUCCACUGUUACACCAAGAGGAACACAGAAGAACUCAACCACUUCUUGGGAACAUAUGGGAACACAGACACCUUCUCCCUGGAUGACCUCCUGGAGAGAACCAUGGAGAAAUCCCUCACCAGUACAAAUGGUCAUCUGGACCUGUUUGUUCGCUUCCUUCACGGCCUCAGUCUGGAGUCCAACCAGAGAGUCUUAGGAGGCCUGCUGGGUCAGACAGGGAACAAUACAAAUAUCAUCCAGAGAGUCUUAGGAGGCCUGCUGGGUCAGAGAGAAAACAAUCCAGAGAACAAUCCAGAGAACAAUCCAGAGAUCACCCAGAGAGUCAUCAACAACCUGAAGGAGAUGAAGAGUGAUGACAUUUCUCCUGACAGAAGCAUCAACAUCUUCCACUGUCUGACUGAGAUGAACGACCACUCAGUUCAUCAGCAGAUGAAACAGUUCCUGAUGUCAGAGAACAGAUCAGAGGAGGAACUCUCUGAGAUCCACUGCUCAGCUCUGGCCGACAUGCUGCAGAUGUCAGAGGAGGUUCUGGAUGAGUUGAACCUGAAGAAGUUCAACACAUCAGACCAGGGUCGACUGAGACUGAUCCCAGCUGUGAGGAACUGCAGGAAGGCUCAACUCUGGGGUUGUGAACUCUCAGAGACUCACUGUGAAGUCGUGGCCUCAGCUCUGAAGUCAGACCCCUCACAUCUGAGAGAACUGGAUCUGAGUCUAAACGAGCUGCAGGAUUCAGCAGUGAAGCUGCUGUGUUCUGGACUGGAGAGUCCAAACUGUCGACUGGAGACUCUGAGGUUGGAGGGCUGCAGUCUGUCAGAGAUCAGUUGGUCUUCUCUGGCUUCAGCUCUGAGGUCAAACCCCUCUCAUCUGAGAGAACUGGAUCUGAGAGGAAACAUCCUGAAGGACUCAGGAGUGAAGGAGCUGUGUGGUUUUCUACAGAGUCCAACCUGUCGACUGGAGACUCUGAGGUUGAGGAGCUGCAGUCUGUCAGAGAUCAGUUGUUCUUCUCUGGCCUCAGCUCUGAAGUCAGACCCCUCACAUCUGAGAGAACUGGAUCUGAGUGGAAACAAGCUGCAGAAUUCAGCAGUGAAGCUGCUGUGUUCUGGACUGGAGAGUCCAAACUGUCGACUGGAGACUCUAAGACUCUUGGGUUGUGGACUCUCAGAGACUCACUGUGAAGUCGUGGCCUCAGCUCUGAAGUCAGACCCCUCACAUCUGAGAGAACUGGUUCUGAGCUUCAACGAGCUGCAGGACUCAGGAGUGAAGCUGCUGUGUUCUGGACUGGAGAGUCCAAACUGUCGACUGGAGACUCUGAGGUUGAUGGACUGCAGACUGUCAGAGAUCAGCUGUUCUUCUCUGGCUUCAGCUCUGAGGUCAAACCCCUCUCAUCUGAGAGAACUGGAUCUGAGCUACAACUUCCUGCAGGACUCAGGAGUGAAGGAGCUUCUAGAUCUACAGCAGAGUCCAACCUGUCGACUGGAGACUCUGAGACUCUGGUAUUGUGAACUCUCAGAGACUCACUGUGAAGUCGUGGCCUCAGCUCUGAAGUCAGACCCCUCACAUCUGAGAGAACUGGAUCUGAGCUUCAACAACCUGCAGGAUUCAGGAGUGAAGCUGCUGUGUUCUGGACUGGAGAGUCCAAACUGUCGACUGGAGACUCUGAGGUUGAAUCGCUGCAGUCUGUCAGAGAUCAGCUGUUCUUCUCUGGCUUCAGCUCUGAGGUCAAACCCCUCUCAUCUGAGAGAACUGAAUCUGAGUGACAACGACAACCUGCAGGACUCAGGAGUGAAGGAGCUUCUUGAUCUACAGCAGAGUCCAACCUGUCGACUGGAGACUCUGAGGUGGGGGAGGUCUUUGUGGAGCUGAGUGUGAAGAGGACAGUGUGAAGAGGACAGUGUGAAGAGGACAGUGUGAAGAGGACAGUGUGAAGAGGACAGUGUGAAGAGGACAGUGUGUGUGGACGGAGGCUGAGCUGUGUCCUGAGGAUCCAGAGGCUGAAGAAGCAGCAGCUUGUGUGUAGUCUCCAAUCUACACAACCCCUAAUCUGCAUGUGUUUGUGAGAUGAAGCCGGAGCACCUGGAGAAAACACGGGGAGAACAUGCAGACUCCACACAGGAAGACCCCAUCUGAACCGGAUUCAAACCAGCAACCUUCCUGCCCCGAUUGUGUUUAUUCACAUGAAGAAUGUGUUUAUUGAAAUGACAACACAAGCAGAUUAUAUAACCCCUCUAUAAAGAGUCACAUACAGUGUGUUUAAGUUUGUCUUUAUUAUUGUCCACCUUUGUCCCUCAGUGUGUCUCCAUGUGUGUAGAACCACAUUCUGUGUAUAUGAUUGUUUAUGAUCUUAAAGUUCCUGGAUUCACGUCACAAAUUGAUUUAGUUCAACACAAAGUUAAACAUAUAUAAAUAUAUAUCAGAGCUUCACACCACGACCUUUCUGUUGAGUGAUGAUCUUACAUGUCUCACUGAGGGGCUGCAGCAUCGAUUCAUCUGAUGAUUAUGUUCUUGUUUAAUUCAUAUUCUCUUUUUUUUAAUUCAUUGCAAUCAGAGAAAUCAUACAUUUUGUUUUUAGUAAAGUUCUAAUCAUUUACAAAUAUAUAAACAGAAAUGAAUCUUUGAUUAACAAAAUAAAGUUUUGGUUUUAAUACGUUUGCAGAAAUGAUCAAAGGACUGUUUUCACAUUGUCAUGGUGGAUUUAUUAAACAUAGAAUAAUUACAUUUUGAGAA